ACGCUGUCCUUCGCAGUAGACAGACUUCACAAAUUUUCCUUUCUGGUUCAACCUAUUGCUGUGUUCCAGAACUGAUUCAGGCUUGCACAAUUUGAGAUUCUCAGCGGCAGCGACUUAACUGCAAGACGGUAAUUGAGUGGAAUCAAGUGGUACAUAUGACUGCUUUGGCCGACAACUCCUCAAAGCACGGGGUGCAUGAAUUUGGAGCAUCUAAGAUCUCUCAAGAAAUUCCAGAGGAAGGUGAUGGUCAUUGGUAUUUCUCUAGGAAGGAGAUUGAAGAAAAUUCACCUUCAAGAAAAGAUGGGAUUGAUUUGAAGAAGGAGACUUACAUGCGCAAAUCAUAUUGUACAUUCUUACAAGAUCUGGGCAUGAGAUUGAAAGUACCUCAGUUGACGAUUGCAACAGCAAUAAUAUUUUGUCACCGUUUCUUUCUUCGUCAUUCUCUAGCGAAAAAUGAUAGAAGGACUAUUGCCAGUGUAUGCAUGUUCCUUGCGGGAAAGGUUGAAGAAACACCUCGUCCGUUGAAAGAUGUUAUACUUGUGUCAUAUGAGAUUAUUCAUAAAAAGGAUCCAUCAGCAGCUCAAAGGAUUAAGCAGAAGGAAGUCUAUGAACAACAAAAAGAACUUACAUUGCUUGCAGAAAGGGCGGUCCUAGCCACUCUUGCUUUUGACCUGAAUGUGCUUCAUCCAUAUAAACCUCUGGUCGAGGCAGUAAAGAAACUCAAGGUUGCUCAAAAUGCUCUUGCCCAAGUUGCAUGGAAUUUCGUUAAUGAUGGGCUUCGCACAUCUCUAUGCUUGCAAUUUAAGCCUCACCACAUUGCAGCGGGUGCCAUUUUUCUUGCUGCCAAGUUCCUUAAAGUAAAACUCCCAUCUGAUGGGGAGAAAGUUUGGUGGCAGGAGUUUGAUGUUACCCCGCGGCAAUUGGAGGAAGUGAGCAACCAAAUGCUAGAGUUGUACGAACAGAACAAGGCUGCUCCUUCACUAGCAAUUGAAGCUGAAGGGAGUGUUGCUGGUGGUAUCCAAACACCUUCCAAAUCCUCUGCCACUGUUGAAGAUCAUGGCUGUGGUGUUCGCCCUACAUCAAAGGUAGGAGAGUCCUCCAAACCGCCAGCUUCCUAUAUUGUGGGCCCUCCGAGGGUGGGAACUCAAGAUCAAAGCCGUGGCGGUUCAGAAGGCAGCGUUUAUAAUCAUUUUACUGACCUUGAGACUAACAUAAAGCACAUCCAACAUGAAAGAGAGCUUUUGCCUGAAAACAGAGGUAAGGGAGAUUUGAAGGAAAAGUACUACGGUAGGGAUGGUAAUAAAGUUGGACAGUCACCACAGGAGGUGAUUAAGAAGAUAGACAAAGACAAGGUUAAAGCAGCACUUGAGAGGAACAGGAAGUCCCGUGGGGAUUUAACCAGGAAAGUGGAUGAUUAUUUGGAUGAUGACGACCUCAUUGAAAGAGAGUUGGAGGAUGGGAUAGAGUUGGCCGCCGAGACUGAAAAGGGCAUUCUGGAAAAAAAGCAAAAUAUGGAAGGGGAGCUAGAAAUGAAUCAAGAAAUGAAUCAAUUUGACCUCAUGUGAGUGAUGAAUGUUUAGUCUUGCUUCUGUCAAAUGAAUCAAUUUACCAUAAUGAACAGUCAGGCUUAACUUAGUUUUGACCUAAGUUUUCUGACUUGUGAUUUUAGUGUUCCACAUUUAAGCGAGUAAUUUUGUAGUCUUGGAGAGUUGGUUGCUUAAAACAUCCGGCAUCAACACCCAAAAUUGAUUGGAGUUGUUAUUCAUUUUAUGUAUUACCAACAUUCGAUAUGUAUUACUCAUUUUCUUUACUCAUUCUUUAGAUGUUAUUUCAUAACUACUUGUAAUGAUUAAUGAGUGAUAUACUAAUAGAACAAUAAAGUGGGAUAGAGGAUUUUAAUUCAAUUGAAUAUGCAAAGAA